GGGGGCGGUAAAGCGCAGUGUCCACGAGCUGGUUAAAGAGGAAGAAAAUCAUUUCCGUAGUCACUGCUGCGGUUUACUGUCAACAAAAUGCCUAAAUUAAAAGAUAAAAGGCGAGAACAUUACAGUGUUGCUUCUGAGAUUGACCGGCUGGAAGAGCGGCGCGCACGAUGCCAAGAUAACCUGGAUCAGGUGGAGUUCAGACACAGACGAGAGACACUGUCUGACAAGGAGAGGCAGGACCUGGAGGAAGAAAUGACCAUUAUGAAUGAAAGGGUGAACAAAUUAGAUCAGGAGCUGCAGGUGCUGAGGGGAGAGAACCGGAGGAACAUGGUGCUGUCUGUGGCUUUGUUGGCUGUGAGCGCUCUCUUCUAUUACGUCUUCAUCUACAACGAAGACCAAUCAUGAUGUAAUCUACUGCCAUCCAUACUGCCCAUUGAGACCCCCACUGUUAAAUCAUGGACCUGGAACAGUGCAGUAAAUACAUUUGAAAGGUCUACGAGGAUAAUGCAUCAUUUUGCCUCCAGGGGGCAUCUUUGGCUAACAGUUCAAGUCUUAAAAAUCAGCCGCAAUGUACCAUCUUCCAGGAUCAUAGCCUAAAAUUGCCUAUAUGCAUGUUUUAAUGCUAUCCCAUAAAGUGCUGUAAUAUAUGAAAGCUUUGCCAAAUAUAACGGUAUUAAAAGUUCACUAUGUAACUUUCAUGGUUGGGAGGUCCGCCGCCACUUUGUCUCCAUCAAGAUGUUAUGGUUUAACCAGGAAUGUUCUGCAGAAUGUAACUUAAUUUGAUGGAUUAAUUUAACUUAAUCCAUCUUGCUUUUACUCAAUUACUCAAUACUCUUCUCUACAGAUCUGUUACUUUGUGGUGUCAUCUGCUUGUCUCCAUGGACAUGAGUUUAAUCCCAUACUGGAAACAUUCCAGGCAAAACAAUAACAACCAAGAAUUUUAUUACAAACUUAGUAACUGCACAUUUGUUUUUUUUUUAUAUUAUUCAAGAAUGUAUCUAUAAUGAAAGUGGGUUCCUUUUCAUCUUGGUGUUUGCAUUGUAAUGUCAUUGUCAUAACUUAAUUUUAAAAUGUAAAUAAUUAACAAGAUGAAGAGUUUUUGUUUGGUUUGCAUUGUUCUAUGCUUCAGCCUUGUACUCUGAUGUGAUGUGACCUAUACGUGACCUGGUUUACGUAAAGGCAUGGACCUAAAUAAAUACACAUUGUUUUGUAUUACCUUCCUAUUGUGCUGAAAGAAUAUUAAACACAUUAGGUUGCAAUC